CAGAGAAGUACGUACCGGUAGCUUCUCCGUGACCAAGCAACACCACACGCAGACGGAGCCUUUCCCCUCCCUACCUGUGACAACASCAGCGCUUUCUGAGCAGCAUCGAAGCAUGGUUCGAUCGCCGCCACCCCUCUCCCGUCGGUGGGAACCCUUCCUCCUKAUGRUCGCAUCGCUUUGGGGAUMCUCCCUGGCCAUCCAGCUGAAAACGACGUCCCCGAGGCUGGCGRCAUUCGGCAGCGGCUCGUUGCAAGAUUUUGUGUCGCGCCCGAUACACUGGCCAGAAAUCGUUCUGAGUUCGAACCGUGUCGAGGUGGUGAAAGCGAGGCAGCGGCAACAAUCAGGACCAAAAGGAGGCCCACUCUCGUCGGUCCGGGCACUCUUCGGGAGSAGCGACUCCAAUGGGAACAACCCWAAAGCACCGGUGGCAAGACAACCCCACGCCUCGGCCUCGGACGCCCUCGGGUCGCUCGAGGUGGGUGACACCGUCCUGGAAUACUUUGCGCUCAACCAGUUCGUGGUGGAAUGGACCUGCACCGAGAGCGAGCCGGGGAGGCUUGUCGUGGUAUCGAAAGACGGCGUCGGGGGCAUCGCUACCGAUUGCGCCAUGGAGUUUGGCUUCGACGACAACGGACCCAACGGCGGAUCCGUGGCRCUGACCAUGGAAUACACACCGRAAUCGCCCCUCGCGGUGCUGGCCACACCGGCGCUCGUGGUGGACAACUGGCUGGCGCUGAACGUCCUGCUGCCGGCSGCGGUCGAUGCCACGCCGCUCGAAUCCUUUCGGGCCCUCAUGGGGGUUCUGUACGGUUUCGCCGGUGCGGCCCACUUCCUCGACCUGGUGGCGGGCGGAUCCCAGCUGUUCACGGGGGUGAUCGGGAUUCCCUCCUUCUGGGACCUGGAACUCCCGGGCCGGCUCUGCGCCCUGCUGUGGUGCGCGGCGGGGCCGGUGGCGUACGCCCUCUCUCGCAUCCCAGAGCCGGAUUCGGAWKCGGGUUCCGGCCCCUCGCCGGCGGACGCCGGGCUCGUGGCGUACGGAGCGGUCGAGGUYCUCGGCGCGGUGCUGGCCAGCGGGAUCGACGGGGCCGCGGCYGGCACGGUGGCCAACUCGGUCGGUGUCCAGGCGGUAGUCCUCGCGGCCUGGGUGUACAGCCGGCAAAAGCAGAACCGGCGGCAGGAACAAGCGCAACAGCAACAACAACCACCACAACAAUGAGCGAGACUCCCGCGUGGCCCGGUAGCUUUCUUGCACUCUGUCCAACACGAUGCAUUGGGUUAGGAACCAACCACGGCGUGURGAAAUCGCCACCGRUGCCCCCGGGACGAGUCGCUGYGGGGCAUGGAGGGAACUCCCUGUUUUCGAAUGAGGCAGCUAAUUUUACAGAUUACUCGCCAACUGAGCCAGCCGUGGCACUGGAUUCCCUCUAUGGGUGCCACGUCKAAGACAAUCCCGACAUUUAUAGUACCUAUCCCGCAAUAAGASCCCUUCCUAUUC